AUUUUUGGACCAGCAACCGGCAAUCUCAGCUGCACUUCUUUCUCCUGAAGUCCGUCGGAGCGAAAAGGAUCUUUGCACUUUGACAGAGGCAGAUAUAACUGUGGCAGAGGACAUCGUGAAAACUCUUCAGCCGAUGAAAAGUGCAACUCUGGUGAUGUCUGGAGAGAACACCGCUACUCUCUCUAUUAUUGCACCAUUGCACGCACAGCUCCUUGAUGAGAUGCGCUCGACUGCCAGUGAUUGGACUGUCAUUAAGGAACUCAAAUCUGCCGUGCAUGACAACUUGAAGUUUAGAUAUGCAAAUCUAAAAGAGAAGCUGCAUGUUGUGUCUGCCCUGGACCCUCGUUUCAAGACUCUUCCUUUCAUCUCUGAAGAGGAACGCGAGGACACAUUCACAACAUUGAUCAGUGAGAUGGUCACUCUGGAGCAAGUUAAGGCACAUGAUGUAUGUUGCAUAAAGUUUUAAAACUGAAAAUGUAAACAAACCAAUA